AUGAUGAUAUCCACGCCAGGACGAAAACGUGUUCAACCAAUUUUAAUCGAUGAUGACGACGAUGAGGAAACAACCGAUACAGAUGUUCUGAUCUCUUCAACUUCGUCAACGAACAACAAUCUUGCUCAAGAUCUUUCAUCUUUCGCUUCAGAAACGCCGUCAUCUGCAUCGUUAACUGACGCCAAACCACCAGUAAAGAAAAAUCUCUACGUUCCAUUGAAUUUCGAGGAAUUAUCUCACAUACGGAAUGCUCAAACCAAUGGCGAAUUUGCCACGUUACUUGAAGUUUUCUCUGUUACAACCGGGUGUUCGUUGUACCAUAUGCCUACAACGUAUCUGCUACAAAUGCCAACGGAAGAUCACUUAUCGACAAAAUAA